AUACAAUUUAAUGCUUGGUUUGGGAAUUGUACAUAUAGUCAUCAUCGUUGGGGGACAUUAAUAUCAUAUAGCACUUUUAGACAUUUUACAAUCCAAUAUUACGGCAUAUGUUUCCGUAGAAAUGUGUAUAUGGAUAUUUAGUGAACACUGAUGCUGAGUUGCUAAGGGUAUGUUUCCGUAUUUUAGUAUUUAUUGUCUGAUGUGGGCGCAUUAACUGAAAUAUUGCUUAUAUACAGGAUAAUCUAAUAUUGCGUACUCAUAUAUUCAAUACAGCGCACGUGGUAAUGGUUUGCCAUCGUGUCUAAUUAAUGGAUGUGUUAUUUCAUUACUGUGCUUCCUGAAACCGUUGAAUUGGUUGUGAAUACUGUCUAUAAGUCGAUUAACGGGCUUUGAGGCUUGCAUGAUUCGUGUUCUAUUGAUUGAGUCUACUAUUGUUAUUGGCUUUAUGUCCUUAUAAGGUGGCAUAUAACCCUGCAACAUUUUGAUAAUGCAGAUGUGAUUUGGAAAUUGCGUAGUACCAUGAGUAAAUCGUGGAUAUAGGCUGAUUUCAUGCAUCUUAACAACUAUGGACCGAUCUUCUGUAUACAAGCGAAGGGUGGCUCACUACGUCCGGGUAAUUGGUCUCAAACCGUCAGAUGAUGGUUCCGUGCAUAGUGCCGUGGACAGGUUUUCUGUUAUUUCUUCUAACGUAUUUAUACAACUCCAGACCUUGCACAAGCUGGUUGAACCCUAUACAGUAUACGUCCCGCUGAACGCCCCCAAACACCUGGUUGGUGGCUACGUGGAGACACCCAAGUGCUCAAAUGUAAUAGCAUUCAUAUACAAUAAACGGCGUUUGUUCGGUGAUACGAAUAUCAAGGACAUUGUACACGAUAUAAGAACUGCUGGCGAUUUGAUAAAGCACCUGUCAAGUGGUAUCGAGGCUGAAAUUAAAAAAUCACAGGAAUCUAAGGUGUCGCGACACUUGCAGGAACACCGAAUAGGUGUGAUAGCGUGUCUGCAGCAUAUGCUAAAAUUGGUCCAAUCAUACAUAGAGGAAUACGAACGUUACCGUUUAAAGUUUGAGACUACCUCAAGUUUAGCGCUGCGUAUAAUGACGGAAAACUGCCUAAAGUCACUGAAAACUAGUGUAACCAGGGAAGAGGAAGAAACCACAAAUAGCAUCGCAAAGGAGUAUCUCCAACUAUUCAUGGGUGAUCACACUGGCAAGGCCGUUGAUGUAUUACAUGAAAACACAUCGGUGCAAACACCAGUGGCGGCAGCUGGUCAGUUGCCACCCAGCGAAUUCACUGGGUCACUGACAUCCAAGUCAAGGCACUCGGGGCAUAGUACAGACUCGGUUGUGGCAACACGUAUGGAGUAUCUGGAAACACCUAGUGACCAUGACGUACAAAUGUUGGAGAUGCAGCAUAAGGCGUUGGUACAAAGGGUAAAUGAAUCUGUACAGGCAGCGGAAUUGAGUACUAUAGACGGUGUACAACAGCGCCUUACUGAGAUAUCAUCGAUGUUCGAACAGUUUAGUGGCACAUUGGCGGUGCAACUGGAUAUGUUCGAAUGCAUCAACGCGAAUGUCAUGGAAUCGCUGUCCAACAUUGAGACCACGGAGACAUCAUUGAAGAAGACGGAGUCACAAGGCAUGUCAUUCAUGCAACAGAUGAUGUGCUACUCAUUUAUGGGCUCAGCGCUGUUCUUGCUUUUGGUGGAUUACAUCAGGAGCAGGAGCGGUAACUACAUUCUGUAGCACAUGGCGACUAUAGCAUUAAACUGUUGUAUA